AUGCACACACUACGAGAUGCAUCAAUAUUAUUAUUUCUUUUUUUUCUUAUUAUCUUAUUUUAUCAAUUACAUUAUAAAAGUGAAUUAUCCAUACCAAUAGAAAUUCCAAUAUUAUCAAAAAGUGAAACAUUUAAAAUUGUAUCAAAUGAAUAUUCAUCUCUUUGGUAUCAAAAAUAUUGUUUAAAAAAUAAAUUAUCACAAAAACUUGUUUUAGAAAAUCUCCCUCAAUAUUUAAACAAUGCACGUUUGUCAACAAAUAAAAUUUGUCGACAAUUUGCAACAAAAUUUGAUGCUUUAUUUCGUCUUGAAGAAAUUUAUGGUUUAUUAAAAUUAUCACCUGUUUAUUUAAAUAAAAUAAAUCAAUGGUUACACAAUGAUGAACUACUUAUUGAACAAAUAAAAAAACAGCGUAUUAUUAAAAUAUACAAUCGAUAUACACAUGAAGAAAUGCUAUACAAUUAUAUGCGUAGUCAACGACCACAAACUAAAAAUGAAAUAUCACCUGAAGAAUAUACAUCAAAAUUACUUCAAGAUAGCAAGAAAAAUUGUGAUUUUUGUAGCAAAAAUUAUCUCAAUUCAACAGCUGAAGAUAGAUUUGGACGUCUUGAACAUCGUCUUUCAUAUACAGCUGCUAAUACAUUUAAAUAUGACCGUUGGCAUACACUUGUUGUAUCACGUAAUCAUGAUACAUUACAUUUAACAGAAGCUGAAAUAGUUGAUAUGUUUGAAUUAGUACAAGAAUGGCUUCAUAAAGCUUAUUCGAUAGAACCAAUGUAUACAUGUCCUGAAAUGAUAUGGGAUGCCAUGCCUAAAAGUGGUGCUUCACAAAUGCAUACACAUCUACAAGCUAGUUUAGGUUUUGAUAUUUAUUAUGGAAAUAUUGAACGAACAAGACAAGGUGCUCGUUUUUAUGCACAGAGAAACAAUGGAAGAAAUUAUUUUAAUGAUUAUCUUUAUAUUCAUCAAGUAUUAGGUUUAACAAUACCAAUUGGAAACGCACAUAUUAUUGUACAUCUUACACCAAUUAAAGAUCUUGAAAUAAUGAUUAUGGAUGAAAAACUUAAUAAAAAUUUUUAUAAAGCAUUACAUCUUGUUUUACGAACUUUUGUUGAUGAUCUCAACGAAUAUAGUUUUAGUUUUGGAAUGUAUUUACCUCCAAUGAACGAAUCAUCUGCAGAUGGGCAUGAAAUGCCAGUUGUAUGUCGUCUUGUUUUUCGAAAUCCUGUUACUAAUUUACGAUCGGAUAUGAAUGGACUUGAUUUAUAUACGAGCUCGGUGAUUGGUAAAGAUCGUUAUGUACUCUAUCAACAAUUGAAAGAAGGUAUAGAAAAACGUCAAAAAUAG